AUGAACACUGAAGAUCAUCCUCUCGACUCUGACCAUGAGGAACAUGCAACAGAAUCGUCGCCUCUUCUUCCCAAGGCCGACCAGACAGCAGAUAAUAGAAAUGAAGGACAAAACGGUCACUCAAUUGUUGAAACACCAGUGCAGCAGCGAGCAAACACAUCCAUCGGCCCGCCGUUGUACAUAAAUCCACCACAACCCCAAGGACAACAACAACAACGCGGAAACAAAAGACAAGACACCCCAUCAUGGCCUGUCCCAGCAGGCCUGCCUCCGCGCGACGACGACGACGAGAGACUGAUCAUUUUCCGUCGCGCGAUCGGGAUCAACUACAACCUCGCAGCCGCCGACCCAGUGACCAUGGAAGAAGGCCGCAAAAGGGCCGUAGGCAUGUACAAGGCCGUGAUCGAUGCGCGCCGGUCCAAAACCAGGCAGUUCCGCGCCAUGUGGUGUGUUAUUCUCUUCUGCCACUUUGCGCAGAUCAUCAUUGGCGCGUCACUGACGGCCCUGGGCCCGUUGGCCGAUAAUCACGGUGUAAUUAUUACUAUUCUGGGGGCGUUGAAUACCGUGAUAGCUGGUGUACUAGCGCUGGUUAGUGGGCAAGGUGUGCCGGAUCGGAUUCAGAAAGACGAGAUUGGUUAUCGCAAGAUUCAGGACUGGAUCGAGGAGACGGAGUCGUUGUUGAGUGUGGGGAUUAUUGGUCGGAAUCGAAAGGAGGUUGGCUUGUUGGUCGAGGAGGCUUUUAAGAAGUAUAAUGCGGCCAAGUCGAAUGAGGAAAAUAAUCGUCCGAAUUCGUAUGUGAAUGCUCCGGAGGAACCAUCCAGAGCUUCGGGCGAUGGCCAUGGUGUAGCUACGUCCGCGGUGGCUGCAGUCCCAUGGAACUAG